CUAAAAUACAAGAUGAAGACUUUUCUGUUCAUAUGUAUUUUAUCAGCUGUUUUUGCUGACCCUCGGGCCAAAUUUCUCUCUAGAAUUGUCAACGGGUUAGACGCUGAGCCUAACGAAUUUCCAUGGCAGGUAUCGCUUCAAUACUGGUCUGAGGCUAACUUGAGAUUUAGUCAUAUUUGUGGUGCCGUAGUGAUAAAUGAAACCAAAAUUUUAACAGCAGCUCAUUGUGUUGAACAUGAUUCAACAGUUUCAAAAUACGAAAUUGUUGCUGGUGAACAUAAUCUAAAUAUACCGAGUGGAAAUGAACAACGUAGGCAACUCAGCAAGAUAACGACGCAUAGUGAAUACACAAGCAGCGGCGGAUACAACAACGACAUUGCAGUGCUGACACUUUCCAGUAGUUUGACGCUUACUGGCGAAAUAGUGAAAGCAGCUACACUUCCUUUAUCGACGCAAACUUUUACCGGGAGGAACUGUACAAUUUCCGGAUGGGGACGAACAGUUGCGAAUGGAGCAUUACCAGAUGUUCUGCAAAAAGCAUCCACGAAAGUAAUUUCACACAGUGACUGUCGUAGUAGUUUAGGUCUAAUUGGAUUACUGUACCUGAACUCUGCGGCUCACAUCUGUAUAUAUUCAGGAAUAAAUUCAGCUUGUAACGGUGAUUCAGGAGGACCUCUUGUUUGUGAUAUAGAUGGAACUUGGACACUAGCAGGUGUGACGUCAUGGGGAUUAGCAGAUUGUCCAGUUGGCUCUCCGUCUGUAUACGCUAGAGUCAGCAGCUAUAUUGAUUUCAUAAACGAAUAAAACAUGCAAUAAAUGUAAUUCGUGACACAUAAAACCAAUACUUAAGUAAUCAAUCAAUUGUCUUAUUCAACUAAUAAAAUUACAUGAAUAAAUUAUUUGCAAUACAUUGUAUGUGCUUUUUCAA